AUGUUCUCAUUUUUAAAAGUUCUCGCCAUGACCAUUGAACUGGAAAACGAGACUAAUCUCGGCGAGGACAGCAAUGAAGGCGAUGAUUCAAUGGAAAAAGUUGUUUUUCUCAAUAAUUUUAUCGCUAAGUUAAUGAAUGCACCAAUGAAAAUGAAAGGAAAUCGCCAAACUCCGCACGUUGAUGUCUCGAUAACUACAGAAGAAAUUUUGAACGUUUGCUCGUCAGCGGUCUCUUCGUUCUCUUCACAACCGUCACUUCUUCGGAUAUUGGAUGGAGCGUUGCCGAUUCAUAUAAUUGGAGAUAUUCAUGGUCAAUUCCAUGAUCUUCGAUUGAUUUUUGCAAGAUGCGGUCAUCCUUCAACAACUUCAUACCUAUUCCUCGGCGAUUACGUCGAUCGCGGAAUGCAAGGACUGGAAACGGCCACGUUGCUCAUGGCAUUUCAAUCAUUAUACCCGGAAAAAGUUUUCAUGGUCCGUGGAAAUCAUGAAGAUUAUAAUACAACUCUUACAUAUGGAUUUUAUGAUGAAUGUUUGAUGAAAUACGGCAAAAAGGGUGAACUGGUUUGGCUCAAUUUGAUUAAUGUAUUUAACCAUAUUCCGUUUGCUGCCACUGUUGUAAACAAAAUUCUAUGUUUACACGGAGGAAUUUCACCUCAUAUGAAAACGAUUGAUGACAUUGAUACAAUUUCGCGCCCGACUUUUAUUCCAGCGUUCGGAUUAGCUUGUGAUCUUGUAUGGUCAGAUCCAGAAAUUAGUCCAAAUUGCGGAUAUGCUCUUUCGGCUCGCGGAAUUUCGUUCUCAUUCGAUGAUACAACAAUAGAACAUUUUUGUCUUCGGAAUAACAUUGAUGUGAUAAUUCGCGCGCAUCAAAUAACAAGUGAGAUGUACCACGGCGGACACAAAUUUCACUGUAAUGGUCGAAUGAUUACAAUAUUUUCGGCGCCGAAUUAUUUAGGAAUGGAAAAUGAUUCGUGUGUUGUACGAAUUGAUGAGCAAAAAUCAUUGAAGUUUAUUGUGUUCCGACCUGAGAAAAAUAUAAAGAAGAUCAAAUAA